AUGGUCAGGACGAAAACCCAGGUCCUUGCAGAGAGGGAGCUCAGGCUCCGCACCCAGGCUGCUCAGAAAGAGCCCACAGACGGAGGCUGGCUCAAGGAAGCAAAAGAAAGGGCUCUGAAAAUGCGAGCCAAGCGUGACCUCAGCAGGGACUUCCUGCGCCUGCCCGCAGAGGACCCAGUGGUGGCUGCCAAACUGGAGGCCACCAAGUCCCAGCUGCAGCGGGAGGCCUACGUGAGGGAGAAGAUGGAGAAGGCCAAGGAUGUGGUGCAGUGCUCCCGCCUCUGGGACAUCCCCGUCAGGCUCCAGGCACAGCAGAAGUCCCUGCUGGAAAUGGAGCACUACCUCACAAGGUGCAAGGAGAAGAAGCAGGAGCUGGAGAAGACAGUGAAGGAGCUGGAGAUGCAGCGCGAUGAGCUGAAGUUUCGCCGGCCCCCAGACACAAGCAGGUGCUGCUGGCCUCCGGACACUCAUGCCAAAGGGGCCGGCACCCUUAGGGGCAGGGGGACAUGUGCAUGGGGGCUGGUGGAGGAGCUGAGGACGAGGCUGCAGCGGGAAGAGGCUCGGCUGGAACAGGGGCGAGCCCAGCUGCUGAGGAGCCAGGAGACGCUGCUGGACUUUGAAAACGCACUUGACAACCUCUUCGUCCGGCUGCGGGGCAUCACCGUGCCUGGCCAGGAGCAUCCUGUCAAGGCCAUGGCAGUGGACGAGAAGCUCCAGCAGUGUGAGCAGAAGCUGCAGUACCUGGUGCAGCGGGUGGCUCACCUGCCCCCCUCCAGCCACAGCGAGGACGAUGAGGUGCACGGCGGCUCCAUCCCUGCUGCGCUCUUUCCCGGGUGGCCC